AUUUAGCCGUUGAGUUGACUUUCUCCGUUAAGAGCCACACAUACCAUGGCCAUGUCUCUCUGUGACGACACUCUCCUGUGUAACUUCCCAAAGUGUCGGGCCAAGUUGUGUGGCUUUGCCUGGGUUACCGCCUGCUCACAUGCUUUCUGUGAUCAGCACGGGUCCGGUGAGUUCAGCCGCUCCCCUGCCAUCUGCCCAGCAUGCUCCUCUGCACUCUCUGGGAAGCUGGACAUUGUAAGGACAGAGUUGUCGCCAUCCGAGGAGUAUAAGGCCAUGGUGUUGGCCGGUCUUCGGCCAGACAUAGUUCUGGAUAUUACUUCCCGUGCCCUGGCCUUCUGGAGCUAUCAGAUCCACCAGGAGCGAAUGUAUCAGGAGUACAGUCUGUCCCGGGCCGAGGCGCAGGUGAAGCACAUGGAGAAGGUUUUGACCCAGCAGAACCAGAGCAGAGAGCUGGAACUCACCACCAUGAGGGGAGAGAUUUCUUCGCUGAAGAAGGUGAUGGAGGAGUAUAAGAGGAAGUACAGUGAGGUGUCCGAGAGGCUGAUGGAGAGGAACAGGCAGUACCAGAAACUACAGGGGCUGUAUGACUCUCUGAGGCUACGAAACAUGGUGGUGGGUGUGGGGGACAGAGACGCAGCUCUGCAGCCUGGACACCAUGACUUCAACACUGGAGUGGCCCGGCAGGUGUCUCCCCGGGAAAGCCCUCAGUUCGUGUCCGUGGGCCCUGAUGGGGACAGACGAUUCUUCUCCUGCCUGGAGCCGGAAGGAGCCAUGACCUUCUUCCAGCUGAGCUCUCCUGGCAGAGACAAAGGCCGGCCCUCCAUCAAGAAGCACUGAGAUAAGCAGAGCUGGUUUAGGCUGCUAGGAUUUGAUACUAAGUGUAGCACAAAUCGCUGUCAUCAGCUGAAAAAUUUAUCUGCAAAAUGCCAGCUUUUCGAGAACUAAUAACAGCCUUGUUGUUAGUUUAAUGUCAAUGUGUUUUUCCAGUUUAUCCAUUGGAUUUGAAACGGUUUCAUCAGCCCAAGUGUCACAGUACUUUCUCAGCCCAUACAGGGCCAUAUAUUCUUUUAAGUUAAUACAA